ACACACACACACACUGAGAGCAAGCAUUCAGGAAGCAGCUCCGCACUUUUCCUGCAGCAGGGACGUUUUGGACAUUUUGGAGUUUCUGCUUUGACGCUGCCAUCAUGGUAACCACGGAAACCCACCAGUCUCAGGACCUGCUUGUCCCCUCUCAGAACAUGGACCAGGACCAGGUAGACCCCGAGAACCAGCAGGAAGAGGACCCGGCCUCGCCCUCUUCUCUCAUGGCGGGACUGGACCCGGAGAAGAUGAGUCAGGGUCCCGUCAACGCCAUCACAGUCCUCACGCUGCUGGAUAAGCUGGUCAACAUGCUGGACGCUGUGCAGGAGAACCAGCACAAGAUGGAGGUGCACCAGGUGGAGAUGGAGGGCGUGGUCAAGGGGAUCCAGGCUGACAUGACCAAACUGUCCAAAAGUCAAAGUUUCACCUCGAACACGGUCAGCAAACUGCUGGACAAAAGUCGCAAGCUGUCUGUCACUAUGAAAGAGAUUCGUGAUAAGAUGGAGCGUCAGGGCAUGCAGGUGAAGAAGCUGGAGGCCAACCAUGCCCACCUGAUCAACAGGAACAACUUCAAAGUCCUCAUCUUCCAGGAGGAGAACGAGAUCCCCUCCACUGUUUUUGUGAAGGAUCCUCCUCCGUACCCUCGAGAUGAGAUUUUGGAGGAAGGCGAGGAAGUAGAGCCGGGCAGCGUGGAUGGCAACCGUUCCCAGGAGGGCGGGCUCCAGACUAUCGACCUAUCAUCUGAUGAGGACGUUGGGCUGGAGGCAGAGGUAGAAGACGAGGAGUCGUGGCCUCAAGAUUUGGAGAACAUGGAGAAGUCCAGAGCUGAGAAACUGAAACGAUCCAGCCUGAAGAAGGUGGACAGCCUAAAGAAGGCGUUCUCCAGGCAGAACAUUGAGAAGAAGAUGACGAAGAUCGGAACGAAGAUCGUUUCUGCAGAACAAAGAGAGAAGAUCAAGCAAAAGACCGCCAGCCUGAAGGUUUCACCUUUGAGCUUCCACAUGAGGAAGCCUCGCAGCAACUCUGAAUCUCAGCUUCCAGAGGCCUCCGCUCCAACUGGGGAGACACUUAUUACUGAGGCUGAGAUCCAGCUCUCCCCUCUGGGCAGCACUGAGCAGGAGGUCUCCUUCACAGAAGUUCAUGCCCAGCUGGCCCCAACCGAGCAGCAGCAGGAGGAGGAAGAGAAAGAGGGGGCGAAGGAACAAGAGAAAGAAGAGGAGAAGGAAGAGGAGAAGGAGGUGGUGAAAGAGCAGCAGACAUCAGUUGUGGUGGAGGCUGAUGUGUCGGUGGUUUCGGAGGGAGUUGGAGAGGAGUAUGCUCUAUCCUCCACCCUCUCUCAGGAGGAGAAAGGAGAGGAGGAGAAGGUGAAUGAAUCCUAAACACUCCUCUGGUAAUGGAGUUUCAUAAGAGACAAAACAAACCUGAGCUAUGAUCAAUCAGAAAGUCCUCAUCUUCUUAAAUUAACAUUUGUGUGCCUGGGUUCUUUUUAGGUUUUCCUUUCACAGAGGUUCUUCCUAGGUUCUCCUUCAGUUCCGCAGUUAAUUCCUUAAAGAUUCUCCAAAGGUCAUAUUAAAGUUCCUCUGGGUUUACAGUAUAGUUUAAGAACCGCAGGCAUCCUCCAACAUUUCCAAAGUUCCCUCAAUAAAAAGCUUCCUCUCCGAGCCCUCCGGGGUUUCUCCAUGUUCCUGGUCUUUAUGCUAAGCUAGUCUAAGUAGCUGUUUGCUGUAGUUUCAUAUUUACAGACCCGAAAAUGUUGAAAUGUUCCUUUAAAGUUCGGAGCUCAGGUUUGUUUUAUAUAUAUUUCUGAGUAUUGAUAAACCCCCACAAACAGUCCAGUCCAGUGUUACAUGUGAUCCUGUAAACCACAUAUCUGUUACGUUCCUUAGUGUUUUAGGUUGAAGUAUGCAUGACGUCGAGAACUUUAGUUACUCCACUGAUCUGAAACCUAAAGCUAGAACCUGGAGAUAUGGGGUUUCUGCAGGAACAGGAUGAUUUUUACGUUCCUUCUUUUAUUACUGAUAUGCGUCCUUUUUAAGCAGCUGACCGAUGUAACUGUGAUGAUUGGCCUGAUCCGAAACAUAAAACAUUCACCCAGUGGAACCCAGUGAUGUUCUAAACCCUCACCUGUCAAUCAUCCAGAUCUCAGGGAACACAAGGUUAAUAUGGUGCUAAACAGACCCCUAGAAGAUUGACAAAAUGUUCUACAAGUGUUCACCUAAUCUGAUCCUUCAGGUUAUUAGAACAUUAUACCAGUGUUCCGCUAAGGUUCCCAGGAGAUCCCUAGAUAUUGUUAACCUGGCAGUACCCUAAUGACCCCUUGAGGAUCCCCAAAGCAUUCUGUCAAGGUUCUACUGACAUUCCCAGCAUGAUCUCCAAGGAUCCUGUAGUAUUCCGGUAACAAUCCCAGUUCUAACCACGUGUUGUCUAAAAUGUUCCUCUGAUGUUUAUGUUGAGUUGUUAUUUGGUUAAACUGGUUGGUUUUGAUUUUCUUAGACUCUUUUUGUCCCAAAAGAUUCAGUCUGGUUCUCCAGAGAAUUCUCAUCUUUGACUGCUCUGAUGUUCAACUAAAUUUUCCAUUAAGUUUCUUAAGAUCAACUGUUGGUUCCACUGAAGCUUUUCUACAAGAUUUUUACAUUUGGAACUUGCUUCACUUAAAGUUAAACAUUCCCCAGUGCCUUCUUAAGCUCUCCCAAAGAUAUUCCAAAUAUUCCCUGAAAGGUUCCUCUGACAUUACUCUACAUUCCACUGAUAUGUUCUCCUAAAGUUCCCCUGAUGUUUUCUUUACAUUCUGCUGAGGUUCUCCUGACGUUCCUGCCUGUUUCAGUUGCUGUGUUGAUUUACUAAACAUGAAUUUUUAUCUAAUGUUUUCUUAUUCGAUCUAUAUUUUUUUCCUCUCUGAGGGACUCAGCUUUUCAAUAACUUGCCCUUUCCUACUUAUUAACCAUACAGAAGUAUUUGUGACCAGAGUGUAAACCUCCUCAGCAGAUCUGAUCAGACUUAUUGAUCAGUUUCUUGCUUUCAGGUGUAGCAUUUCUGUUUUGCUUGUUUUUAUUUUACCACAAACUUUGUGCUGCCAAAGAACUGAUUUCCUGUUCCAAUCAAUUAUCUAAUCCUCUAUAUAAUCAAUAAAACCUGUGAAACCACA